UUCCGUGUCAUUCAUACAUGUUCAGUAUAUUUUUUUAAAUAGAAAAAAUCUUCAAUCUCGAAUAAAUUCUGUACAAAAUGGAUGGUUGUGGGCUUUCAUACUGGCGUCCACGAUGGUUGCAAAAAUAUGCAAAACCAGGUGUGUUCAUAUUGUUUAAUUCGUUAUUCGAAACAAUCCAGUUUGCCGGUGUCAUUUACUUGAAUACUACGAUUACUACGCUUGAAAAACAAUUCAAAAUUCCUAGCAAAACAACAGGGAUUAUUUUGAGUGGCAAAGAGAUAUCGCAAGUUACAUUAUCAUUGAUUUUAACAUAUUUUGGUGGUCGCAAAAAUAUUCCAAAGUGGCUGUCAUUCGGUGCAGUUUGUUACGGAUUAUCAUACUUUAUAGUGGCAUUGUCACACUUCAUUUAUGGCGCGGGCGAAGAAGUACUACAGUACACACAAGAAUACUCUUCAUGGAACCAAACCAUCUCGUCGGAGGUGGCUUCAAAUCCAAAUCGGCCGGAAAAUAGUAAAAUAUGCCAGAAUUCCACCAUACUCGGUGAUGAUAGUGAUGAAGAAUUGUUAUACGUUCCGCUGAUUUUGAUAUUUUUAUCGCGAUUCGUGCUGGGAAUUGGAUGGACUCUUUUCUUUUCGCUCGGAACAACUUACAUUGAUAAUAGUGUUAAAGGGUGCAACUUCCCGCUGAUUUUUUCUUGUAGGGAAUCACUACGAUCCUUUGGUCCCAUUCUGGGAUUCUGUUUUGCUUACGUUAUGCUGAGAAUUUUUGUCGCUCCGACAUUAACACCACUUAUACCGCAAGAUGAUCAUCGCUGGAUUGGUGCAUGGUGGCUUGGAUGUAUUAUAAUUGCACUGUUAACUUUUUUCUUUGCUGGAAUAUUUGGUUUGUUUCCAAGAAGUCUAAAGAAGGAAGAGACAUCCAAAAAUGCGAAAUUAGAUAGAGAAAAACUUGAUAAUAACACUGAAUUGAAACCAAAAAUUGAAGGGAAUAAAAACGGUGUAAUGAAAGAUUUCCAAAAAGCGAUAUGGAGACUUUUAACAAAUAAGUUUAUGAUGCUGAAUUGCUUUGGCGAGAUCUUUCACGUGCUCAAAAGAUUCGGUUUUACGAUAUUUAUGGGCCGAAUGAUGGAAGUUCAAUUCAAUAAAACAGCGGCUGGUGGAAGUGCCUUUACCGGUCUAAUUACAAAUAUCGCAAAAGCGAUAGGCAUGAUGUUAGCUGGGAUCAUUAUCACAAAAUAUAAGCCAAACGCAUCUUCUCUGUACUUUUGGAAUGUUUUUAUCGGAUUAAUUACGCUGUGUUGCAUGAUUUCAUAUACUCAAUUGGGAUGUGACAAUAACCAUUCAUUGCUACUCAAUCAAUCGAUUGUUUCAUGUAAUGACAAUUGCAAUUGCGAAGACAUUUCAUACAGUCCUGUAUGUGAUCUUUCGACCAGUACAACAUAUUUUUCAGCAUGCCAUGCUGGAUGCAAAACAUUCGAUGAAAAGUACAAUGUCUACAAUAAUUGCUCAUGCACUGAAGGCGCAUCAAAUGAACUACAAUCGAAGGAGCACCAAGUUGCAUCUGGUGGAUGCGUUGAAAAUUGUGAUUCUGAUUACUAUGCAUACACAUUUAUUUCAAUGAUAUCAUAUUUUCUCUCUAGCACAACUACAUUGUCAUUCUUCUUAAUUAGUAUACGAUCAGUCGAACCACAAGAUAAAGCGUUAGCUCAAGGCUUCAUGCUAUUUAUGUCUAGUUUAUUCGGUUCGAUCCCGUGCCCGAUAAUUUUUGGAUAUAUUAUCGAUAGUACGUGUUUGAUAUGGAACUAUAAAGGUGGACAACAAGGCAACUGCCUCUUAUAUGAUCCAGUUAAAUUUCGGCACUACUUUCAUUCCGCUAGAGCGUUUUUCUUGGUUACAGCCCUUUGUUUUGAUUUCAUGAUUGGUUAUUACGGUAAACAUUUAGAUUUAUACUGUGAUUCCGGUGAGGGCAAAGGAGAAAUAACUAAAAAACAAAAAGACGACUCACAUGAAUUGGAACCACUCAAAGUACAACAAUUAAUCAAUAAAUAAGAGCAAUCGUAUCGCUUAUAUUAUUUUGAUAACAAUGGAUAUCAUGUGUUCUCGUCUUUUUUAUAAUUCUCAUUUUGAAACCAUAAAAGGAAUUGUCAUUCUUACCAAAAAGCACUCAAAUAAACAUCGAUGUAAUGCUAACUACCAAAA